GAAAAGAGGAAUAAAAUAAAUCAACCCGCGUUCUACGGUUGCGCCGUCCUGAAUCGAACCGUCCGCCGCCGUCGACAGAAUCCGAACCACCCGAGCUCCUCCGAGCUCCGCCGUCGACAGAACCCGAACCACCCACCGGCGCCUCCCUCCCUCGUCGCCAUGGCCGUCAUCCUCCACUCCGCCUCCCGCGUCUCCGCCGCCCGGUUCAACCUCCCACCUCGAUCCCCUGCCCACAUCCGCCGGCGGUCGCUCCCGUUCAGGUGCCUCAGCUCGAGCCUCCCCUUCCCGGCCGACGGCGCCAGGUACCACCGGGAGCUCGAAGCCGCCGUCGACGUCGUGGAGCGAGCUUGCCGCCUCUGCGUCGACGUGAAGAAAGCCUUGCUUUCGGGUGACGGCCGGAUUCUCGAGAAGACUGACCGGACCCCCGUCACGGUCGCGGACUUCGGCGUGCAAGCUCUUGUCAGUUUGGAGCUGGGAAACUUGUUUCCUUCCAUUCCUUUAGUGGCAGAAGAGGACUCUGCUUCCAUACGUUCCACUGAUCUGGAGGAUUAUGUGGUGGAUGCUGUUACUGAAAAAGCGAGCUCUGAAGAUCAUCCUCUGACAAAGGAUGCUGUUUUAGAGGCUAUUGACCGAGGAGGAAAGAACGAAUUCUCUAUUGGAGCACAGCCAGCCUCAUAUUGGGUUCUGGAUCCAAUAGAUGGGACACGAGGAUUUCUCAAAGGAAGUGAGUCCUUGUAUGUGGUAGGAUUGGCACUUGUAGUUGGUGGAGAAGUUGUAUUAGGUGCAAUGGGAUGCCCUAAUUGGCAGCAAGAUCUAUCCAAUGUAACCACCAGACCUGGGAUCAUCAUGGUGUCUCACAUUGGCUGUGGAACAUGGACCAAAAGGUUACCAUCACUGCUCAGUAACACAAGUGCAAAGGAUGCCUAUUGGACCAGGUGCUUUGUUGACGGGUUCUCUGCAGUUCAUAAAGCACGUUUUUGCAUUCCAGAGAGUCAAACAUGGGAGAAACUUCCCCUGUCUACUUCAUUCAAAGCAACAAUGGAAACCGAUACUCCUGGAGAAGGGGAAGUUGUUUUACUGCCAACAUGUUGUGGAAGUUUAUGCAAGUAUAUGAUGGUUGCUUCAGGACGGGCAUCCGUUUUCAUUCUUCGAGCAAGAACACAAACCUCAAUCAAGGCUUGGGACCAUGCUGUUGGCAUGAUAUGCGUGCAUGAAGCCGGAGGAAAGGUAACUGACUGGGAAGGAAGUCAAAUUGAUCUGGCAGCAGAUGCCACUGAACGGAGAAUCGUAUUUCCUAAAAUUGGUGUUAUUGUGUCUAAUGGAAAAUUGCACAACAAGAUUUUGGACAUGACUUCUUCUGGUUCCACAUCUAUUUUAUAGGAUGCUAAAGAUUUUGAAAAGCAAGUAAAAACCAUUAGGCAUUUGUUCUAUUGAAUGUAGUACGUACGGUACUUGUUGAAAGUUGGUAUUGAAGCUCCAAGCAACUGCUCUUUUGAAGUUCUUAUCUUUGGUAAAAUCUUCCGAAUGCCUGCAGAAAAGAUUGCACCAAGGCUUUUAAGGAAGUUCAAAGAACUAAUGGUUCGAUAACUCGAGAAGUCACACUUGUAUGCAUUGAUUGCAAAAUGUGUUUGAUCAAACUUUGGUCACGGUCACACAUUGAGCAUGCAAGGUAGAUGAAAUUAGAAUAAGUAGAGUUCAUGAACAAAUCAAUUAUCUGUACUUUAGUGAAAAUCAUGUAGAGCAAUAGAAACUCUGAAGUAAUUUCUCUGUUCUAAAACUCUGUUGUACCAGAAAUCUUUUGCACAAUAAUCAUUCUCCUCUUGAAUUUUCACCCUA